AAACUUUCAUCUCCGCUGAUUCAGCGUCUCCGCUCCGACCCGACUGCAGCUUGGCCGUCACUCCGCUCUGAAUCCUCCAGACUUCUGAACUUCACCUCUCCGUCAGGCUCAGAGAUCCAACAUGGCCGCUGCCGAGGUAACGUACGCUGAUGUGAAGCUCCCUAAAUCCAGGGCCAAAGCUGAUAUUCGUCUGUCGCCAGAGGUCACUUACUCUGAAGUCAGGCACCUGAGAAAACACACAGAAGACUCUCAACCAUUUGAUUCAAGUGAAAUGAGGAAACCUCAGCCCAGACGUCAGAUAAGACCUCGACUCACCGCAGAGCGAGCGGCUCUGCUGGUUCUCAGCGUCCUGCUGGCGGCGGCCAUCAUCGCCCUCUCUGUCACCCAAAUCAACAACAGAAACAUCCACAGUGAGCUUGAAAUGUGCAAAGCGUCUCCACCUCCAACAUGUCCUUCUGCAGUAAAAAAUGAAACAUAUCUGAAGUGUGAAGCAGGAUGGGAGCCACAUGGAGGAAGCUGUUAUUAUUUCUCCACCAAUAAAUCCUCCUGGAAUGACAGCAGACGUUUCUGCCAACAUCAUGGAUCAGACCUGGUGAAGAUCGACAGCAGAGAGGAGCAGAUGUUCCUGUGGAGGAAACUGAGACGCUUCAUUAAUCCCAUGAAGAUAAAUGAAACAAGGAAUUUCUGGAUCGGACUGACGGACUCGGUGGAAGAAGGCAAAUGGUUCUGGGUUGAUGGAUCACCUCUGAAUAAAAGUCUGAGUUUUUGGAGUGAAGACCAACCUGGAAACAAACAUGGAGGAAAUAAAACUGCUAAAGAUCGAGACUGUGUGAGGAUGGAAAGGAAAACAAAAGAAGAAGAACUGAUUUACUGGUUUGAUGCAUCCUGUGAUGAUCCUCUCAGGAGCAUUUGUGAGAAAGCAGCAAAUGUGUCUCAAUGUUUUUGUCACUAAAGAUCAAUUCAGUUAAAACAUCUGAAUUCAGGAUCAACAAUGUUAAUGUGACAUUUAGAGAUUUAUUUCAGACAUGAUGAAGAAAAGAAAAAUAAAUUCAGAAACUUUAAACAAAUGUAAUUGAAUGAUUUUUCUUCUCAUUGGCUGUA